GCAAAACAAGGGGAUUCACAAGAACAUGAUUUCUGCGCACUAUCAUUGAGCUCUUGCGUUUAUCCUUGGAAUUCAGCUAAACUAACAAACCUGCUAUUGAAGAAGACAGCGAUGAAUAUAAAACAAGAGAAGAUCAGACUCAAAAACUGCACAUGAUGGGAAGGAAGGAGCUGCACUUCUUGAAAAAGAACAGCAUGAAGGGUUCGAAUUGUCUGAAUUGUUACAAAUAUUGAAGGACAUCGACAGAAACUCUAAAUUUUUUUUGUUUGCUUCGCACAUGAGGUAAAGCACACAUACUGAAAAGAAAAGUUGAGGUAAAACUCGAAGCUUUUUCAAGAUGAGCGAUUUGUAAAAACGAAGACCAACAUGGAAAGCCCUGCUUGCAUCGUAGGAGUUGUGAAGUCGUGCUACAAAUUUUUAAGCUGCGUCCUCAUAUGCGACGUGGCCGAACAGUCCAGAAACAAAAAAACCCAAAUAAUGUAUGUGAAGGACAUGCAGAUAAAUAUUUAUUGCUUAGAACCCAUUUUAAGUAAACGAUAUUAUAAUAUAUUUUUUCACAUUUCUUUAAAAAUAAACGAAAAAAUUCGCAAUAAAGAUGACACUGUUAUUAUGGGUUAUAAUUGCAAUGAAAAUAUGAGCAAUUUUUUCCAUUUAUCCGAAAUGGAAACUUUAAAAAAGAAAGUCCGCCAACUCUGCAAAGAAAAAUGGGACAUUGAGAAAGGUGAUCACACAUCCGUCCCUGUUUUUAUGAUGAGGCAUGUAUACAAAGACGAAUUAUUGUUAAGCGACCAGGCUGUUGGACUGUUUAAGAAUGGGCAAAAUGAAGACGAAAAUGGAUUAUUUGAAGAAGAUGGAUCAGAUAGAAAGGAGGGAGAACUAAACGCAUCGCUGUCAAACCAUCGUGAUUACUUUGUCAACGGGCAUUUGCACAAAAAGCUAAACCUGGAUUUUGCCCUGCACCGAUAUUUUACGUUUCGAGAAGAGAUCGACCAUACGAAGAAAUUAAAAUUAGCUCAAAGUGGUUUCUUCUACGUGAACGACGAUAAAAGCAUACAGUGCCACUACUGUUUCCUGCUACUUCCAUUUUUACACUUCGACGGCUGCGAAUUGAACCAUGACAAAGCAAACGAAGGAAAUGCAUCAGCCUUGUGCGAAAGUAAAAUUAGGGAAAAAUGCCAUUUAAUGGAGGGAGAAAAUGUCCUCGACGUCCCGAUCUUAAAUCCCAGCAACUACAUUUUUGAGUCACACCGACUGUACUCAUUUUUGUCAGCGAAUUGGCUAAAUGCGUUCGUAAGCGCCUUUGACCUUGCGAAACAUGGAUUUUAUUUCACUGGUGACGAAGACAGCUGCAGAUGCAUGUUUUGCAAGCUGGAAGUCAGGGGCUGGGAGCUAGGAGACACGGCGGAGGGCGAACACCGACGCUGGAAUCCUCACUGCCCGUUUUUGCAACCAGGCAAUCAAACUGGAAAUGUCCCCAUCGGCCUAGAAUUGAGUUUCUCUUCGCACGACAGUUUAAGCAACCCCUUUGUGCCGACUCCGAUAACUAAAUACGGACCCCAUUUAAAAUUGUGCAAAAACACGAAGCAGAACGUUUUGAUUGAGGCACUAGGCAUCACACCGAUCGGGGACAUGAAAUACCGGCAGUAUAGAACUUUGCAGUCGAGAGAACAUUCAUUCAAAUCGUGGCCGAAACAGAUUUCCCAAACGCCAGAUGUACUCUGUGCUGCAGGAUUUUUCUACACUGGAUCCGGAGACCGAGUCAUCUGUUUUCAAUGCGGAGGAGGUUUGAAAGACUGGCACCCCGACGACAGUCCAUGGAUUGAGCACUCCAAAUGGUUCAGCUCGUGUCCAUAUUUAAAUAUCAAAAAAGGAAAGAAGUUCAUCGAUCACAUAAUUCGCACCAACAAAGAGCAAGAAUCCUUGGCCAGUGACAAAACAGCAAUAGAAUCCCCCGUGCGUGGAAGUUUGCAGUGCUGGGUGUGCAAAAGCCAAGCUUCAAAUUACGUCAACCUUCCUUGCGGACACAUCACCAGCUGUGUCAACUGCGUUGCAAAAGAAACCACUUGUAGAGCGUGUGAUGGCAAAAUACUUGCAUACAUAGAAGUCUUCCUUUAAAAAUCUGAUAGAAAUUGGUAGGCACAUUGAAAUAUUAAGAUUAAAUAAUUAUAAUUAUUAAUUCACUUGUUAAUAUAUACAGUUUUUUUUAUUUCUUGUGUGAUAUGUGAUAAUAUAUUAUCAAGGGGUUACUUAUAUAUUGCAUUGUUAGAGUUGCAAUUUAAGAUGUCAGAAUAAAACAUGUCAAUUUUAGUAAGUAAGAACAUAACGUGCCCAACAUGAAGCUAUUAUAUUAAUCACUAAAUGGAUACAAAUUGUUAUAUUGCGAUAUAUAGAAUUUUUAAUUAAAAUUAACACAUUAAAACCUAUUAUAAGUAAUGGAAAAAAACUCCUCAUUGACUUGUUAAGGUGAAAUUUGUACGAUCUAUAGAAAUCAAGCCGUUGGCUUGCAUUGUUCAGCGAAUGAUUUGUGUGAACUUGCUAUUACGAAUGCGAGCGAGUUAGGGGGUGAAAUGCGGGUUGAUUUGUUCCUUCGUUUGAUUCUCUCGAUUACAAUGACGAUUUCAUUCGGAUUUUUGGAAGGACUACUCUUGGCUGUCCGACUCGCUACUUUUGGUGGUUUGAAUUUUUCCAGCGUUUCUCGACUCCUCUAAUGAGGCCCUUGCAACCAUGUUACUGGAACGUAGAUUGGAUCGCUUUAAGGUGGUUGAUUAUCUCAGAUAAUAAUAAACAGAUAAAUAAAUAACUGGAAUUUUCAAGCGUAUCAAACGGUAUAGCAAUACCAGGAAUAUCCUCGAAUAUGCUCGAUCCCAGCGGGGACCAGAUUCGUGCGAUGCGCAGGCGUCCGGUGGAGUAUGGCGCGAAAAAACGGUCAAGU